CAGGUCAAAGCCAACUAUUCCAGAAAACGACGAGAUCAUUCUAUAUCGUCGUCCGAUGAGUCAGAAGUGAGCAGUGUGUCGACUUCUGGUAAACCGAGUUCUCGACAUAGUUAAAAGCGCCCUUUGUCUGGUGAACGGAGCUGCUUUACCUAGCAAAUUGCUUCUACCUUGACCUUGGUCUGUGCGACAGCUAUAUACCACGACAUACUGUAUCUACCUAGGCAGAAUAUCAGUCAUCAGGAGUAUUAAGCUAUGGCGGCUUUGUCUUGCAAGCACAGUACGAUCUUGACACUUCUUCGUCAUUGCCUUAGGUUUUAACAAGAUUUUCAGAUAUCCACCUAUCGAACACUUCCAGUCCAAUGCCUUCGUUUUCAUCCCAUCUUUCAGACCCGACAAGAUCAAUGCCAGCAAACUUCUACUUCUCCGGUUCCAGUGCUCACUCCAACCAAGAGCCGUCCGAAUCAUCCCAACCAAGGUGUCCAUACUCUAAGGUGUAUUUGAGAGAGGAAAACCUUACAUCACAGAUUCUCAGACGUAUCUUCAAUAUCCCUCGUCCCCUUCCUUCCCGCAAAUCUUCUCGACUCUCUCAUCUACAAGUUCUGAAGAAACCUCGCAAACUGUUAUCCGCCAUUCAGCCUGGUAAAAACAAACUCGCCAAACCAGCUACCGCCUUUCGAACGGGGAGGAAAGAAUCUGCAACGAAUUUCGCGCCUUGUUCAAAACUUGAUAUGACAUCCAAACACAGCAUCGUCGCCUGUGUGGGUGUCUCCUCACGACCUAUCACUGUUGUCGCUACCUCGUAUGCCGUUGACGGUCAACUCCGAAACAAAGUUAUCGCGGGCAAGAAACGCAGCUACAAUGUCGAUUUUCCCGACGAGGGAGUCUUCGUAAUCUAUCGAAACCGAGCUCUACAGAUCGCCGCGCCGCCAUGCGACCAAAGGAAAUGCAACAUCUCGCAGAUCUGCCGUUGCCACAAUCCUCGCUUAUCGACUCAAGGCGCUCUCCUCCACCACCAUGCCUCCAAGGGAGGGGCAGUGAGAUGGCCGACCUGGAAGCCUUGCAGUCAUUGCCUGUUCAACUGGCUCCAUCUCUACCAAGCCACAGAAGCGGCGAACAAAUUCAACAUGAAGUACCUCCAACACCCUCGGUCCCUAACCUUAGCUACAUUACACGGCGAGGAAGCUUUCUAUUACGACGGCGAAAUAGAGGAGCAACACGUUCGUUCCGAGUCCAACGGAAAUACGGGCAGAUCUACCAACCUCAAAUAUUCCUGCCCGUCGAACGUUUUCGAGUGGAUGACAGACGCCUGGAACGAAUUCAGGGAGUGUUCUUGCUGCAACUCCGCCUCCAUCACGGCUCUGUCCGACUACGAGAGCGACGCACCAAACGAAGACUAUUCCAGCAGCGAUCAGGGAAAGCUCGACAAUGAAUGGGACUGGGACGACCUCGAUAUCCCAUGCAAACGCACGCGUACAUCAAGCGUAUCCGAGUUCGAAGACUACGACUUCAUCGAGGAUCUUGUCGACAAGGAAUUUCCAAAGCUACGAAAACGCAACGCUGCUAGUAUCGACGCUGGCCACCGAUCAAAAGCUGAGACGUAUUCUUCAUCAGUCGACGAUGGCGAUUCCAGUGUGGAAGAUGACGACCCUGCUCCUGUCAUCAUUCCGCCCAAGAACAUGGCCGUUGGACAAGGCCUUCGUACCCCUACACGCCUAACAUCGCCUACCCUGAUUCCUGCAAGCAAUGGGAGCUCAACGACCGUCACUGAUUCCCCUUAUACGAAAUCGCAAAGUUUCUUGGGGACGAAGCGUUCGUACUUCGAUGUUGAACGCUCUGAGCAAUGCGACACAGACUCCUUCGAGGAUCUCUCCCGGGCGAAGCAACGGAAGCUGGAUCUCGCCAUGCCAGAAUACGGAGGUCGAUGCCGGCAGGGAUUUGUGGCCCAUCAGCCGUUCUCCCGGAAUUAUCUCCUACGAAAGCUUGUCCCCGUCUGAGGGAAGAAUGGGAAAUGCUGCAGCGAAGAGACGUUGGCUGUAUGUAUUGGAGCAUGAUAAUAUGCGGCUAGAUUGCACAGAAGACGCCUUUCGGUUUCUAAUUUACUGUUCCAUGUUGUCUCGGUUUUCUGGCGUUCCAGAACAAAGAUUGCCAGAUCUGCCACUCCUAAUUAUCCUCGAUUUUCCACGUCACCACAAGCUGUGCAACUGAACAGCGUGGCGGAGAGCAGAGCACAACUACUACUUUACCACUACUCCUGAAGGGAAACCUGUCUCUUCAUACAGAUACAAC